ACACCCCCGUACCGUCCCUCCUCAUCAAUGUUCAAGAUGCUUUUUAAAUGAGUCUAGAAUGCUGGCCUCUACCACGUCUUCUGGCAACUCUGUUACAAUCAUUGAUUAUCCUCCGCGAAAAGAAACACUUCCUGGUAUCCAUCCUGAAAUUGCCGUUUACAACUCUAAACCGAUGUCCUCUUAUUUAUUGCUGCCUCGCAUUGUUUUCACGUAGUCAGUGGUGAUUCAACUAACACCCCUGGAUCUCUUUCUUCGCCUUUUCUUCAAAUCACUUUACGCCCUGACACUUCCUUAUUCUACUGACAUGAUGGUACCCCAAAGUAUUCAUCUGGGUUUACUUUUUCAAUCCCAUUUAAGAUGUUGUGCACCUCCCAUGAGGUCCCCUCGAGUCAUUUUCUCUCACCGCUGAAGAGCCCUAGUCUGUCCAGUCGAUGCUCACAGCAGAUUCCUCUAUCAGUGGGGAUUAUCCUCGUUGGUCUCCUCUGCACUGCCUCUGGGGUAGAAUGAGCUAUGGAACGAGCCAGAUCCAGUGGUCCAUGCUGUGUCAAUCAGAACUGUUAGAAAGAGCUGAACGCGUAUUUUCUGCAAAGAGGAUUGAAUGUUCUCAGGUGCUGGAAAGGACGGCGGAGGCUCUGUGUGCGAGGACCAUGGAGGAGGUGAUGGAGAGCGGCAGCGGCGUUAAUUGGCACAAGCGCUGUGUGACGCUGGAGGCCCAGCUCUUCCGCUUCCGCCUGCAGGCCAGCAAGAUCCGUGAGCUGCUGGCUGAAAAGAUGCAAGAGCUGGAACAAAGGGUGAUUGAAGCCGAUCAGCGGGCAGACAGCGCUGAGAAACAGGUGAAUGUAAUGAGGGAGAAGUUGAAAGCAGCCAACGUGCAGACGAGUGAAUCAGAGAACAGCUUGUACAGGAGGUACCACGAGGUGACCAGUCUGCUGCAGGAAAAGGAUGACGUGAUUCAGAGGCUGGAGCAGCAGCUCGAUAAGCAGAAUCAGCUUAGAGCGCAGGAGGCCAAGGUGAUCGAGGAAAAGGCUGCCAAAAUCAAGGAAUGGGUGACCUUCAAGCUACGAGAGCUGGAAUUGGAAAAUCACCAUCUCAAAGCCACCAACCACAAGCAGACCGAGCAGAUUCAGGUCCUGCACGCCAAGUUUCAAGCAUUAAUGGAGGCCCAAGGACCCAUCUCGCCUCUUAAGGAGACCCAGAGUUCCAUUAACUUCAGCUGUGUGCCUGUCUACUUCGCCAGCAGCCCUGGGAGCCCUCAACACCUACCGGCAGGAGAUGAGGGGAGAAGGCAACCAUUGUCCAAGUCCAUUUUUUCUGUACAAUCUACUUCAGUUUCCACUGAUUUACAAGGCAAGAGGUCUGCCACAGAUAUUUCAGAAUUGUCCGAGGGUUCAGGGUCACCAGCAGUACAAAGCUUGUCCUCGCUCGACAAGCCUGAGCACGUGGCAAAGUCACCCACCGCAGGCAGAAAGCCAGCGUUUCAGGAAGCCAAAGAGGGCGCCUACCACCAAGCGUCUGUUGUCCCAGGGGAAGGGGAGAUGGUUGGCGAGGUGGAAACCAGCCGAGUGUACAGUCCAAGUCAAACCAGUCCAAAAUCAGACGUCCGUACUUUGGAUCCUGGGUCACUCUCCAAUGCUCAGUCCAAAGCAAUGGUGGACAGUCCCUCUGAGUUUGAAGGGAUGAUCGUGAUGCAGCAGAGUGAGCAGAUAGUGCCUUCCAUUCGCAACAUGAAAGAGACAGCCACCAGCGUGAAACUGGCUCUCAAUAACAAGCGUGCUUUGGGUUCGCCGGCCGCCUUGAAGAGGAUCACAGAGCAGAACCAUUCAUCCGACGAACUCAACAGCAAGUUUUGCUCCCAGAGAUUGGAUUCCUCUUCCUCCUCGAGCGAGACGCACCUGCCGAGUCCCAUCCUAACUCCGGCACUGACCCCGAAACACGCCUCGCCCUCCUCAGCCAUGCUCGGGGCUGGCCCCCUCAUCCUGCCCAGUUUCCCCGGCAAGGAAGGAAGUAUCGGGACCAGUAUGACUCUGCCCAAAGUGAGGACCCCGUUGUCCCCGAGAGACAGCAUUCAGCUGGUGAAGAAGCACUACAGCCAGCCCCACCCCGGGGCCGAGCGAUUCAACCACAUUGUCCGAAUUGACAUCUGCUCCUUCAAGCCCAUCGUGCUCCCUCGCUACUCCAUCCAGGUGGAGGAGACGGACAUCGACGACGUCCCCGAAAAGAUGGAGACGGAGGAGUUUGAAGACGCUGCGGGGCAGGAGGUCUCUCUCCCGCCACUGCCCGGCACAACCCAAGAAGCACUGGAGCUGGAAGGCGCCCAGUGCGAGCCAGUCAACAAGCCCCCAACCCCACCCCUGCACAGGUUUCCUUCUUGGGAAAGUCGAAUUUACGCUGUGGCCAAGUCUGGGAUGCGGAUGUCAGAAGUUGCUUUGGGAACUAGCUCCCCCAACAGAAUGUCUACCUUGUCUCCGAAUACACCGUCUGGUCCAUUCACUCACCUUAUCUACAAAAAUGUGACUGUCCCAGUAUAUACCACUUUGAAAGGGAAAGCUACGCAAAUCAGCAACGUUCCUUUUCCCGAUGAAUCUUCGGGCUCGGACGAUGACAGCAGUUCCCAAGCCAGCUUCCGAACUUCCACCGUGGGAUCGGAGUCCAGGAAAACCAGCGGUCCCGGGAGCCCUCGCGCCGUGAAGAGAGGAGUUUCCAUGUCAUCCAUCAGCUCAGAGAGCGACUAUGCCAUCCCACCCGAUGCCUGCUCGGUGGACAGUGAUUACUCAGAGCCAGAGCACAAGCUGCUUCGAACGUGCUCCGUCUACUCGAUGGAGAGCCUCUGCAAUGAGCCUUUGGAGAAGUCGGGGUACUUGCUGAAAAUGGGGGGGCAGGUGAAGACUUGGAAGAGACGGUGGUUUGUCCUGAGAAAUGGCGAGAUCAUGUAUUACAAGUCUCCGAGUGAUGUCAUCCGCAAGCCCCAGGGGCAGAUUGAGCUCAACUCCUGCUGCCGGAUCAUCCGUGCGGAGGGAGCACAAACCUUCCAGCUCAUCACUGAGAAAAGGACCUACUACCUGACUGCCGACUCUCCCAAUAUCCUGGAGGAAUGGAUCCGAGUGCUACAGAGCAUCCUGAAGGUGCAAGCGGCCAGUCCCAUCCUCACCCAGAUUGAUGCAAAACCAUCUGUCAAGGGCUGGCUGACUAAGGUGAAGCACGGCUACUCCAAGCUUGUCUGGUGCGCUCUGAUAGGAAAGAUGUUCUACUACUUUCGAAAUCAGGAAGACAAGUUUCCCCUGGGGCAGCUGAAGGUGCGAGGAGCUAAGGUUGACGAGGUGGAUCGUUCCUGUGACUCAGACGAGGAUUACGAGGCGGGAGGGCGAGGCUUCCUCUCCUCACACUACACUGUGGUCAUGCACCCGAAGGAUCAGAGCCCAACCUACCUGCUUAUAGGCACGAAACAGGAGAAGGACACCUGGCUGUAUCACCUCACGGCAGCGGCUGGAAGCGCUCAUUCCAGAGUUGGCACAGAGUAUGAGCAGCUGAUUGGAAACCUGCUGGAUAUGGACGGGGAGUCGAAUUCCCCUCUCUGGAAGCACCCCACUCUGUGUUACAGUAAGGACAGCAUCCUGAACGCACUCACUACCCUGCCCUCCGAGGCCCUGCAAACUGAGGCUCUCAAACUCUUCAAGUCCUGCCAACUCUUUAUCAACGUGCUGGUCGAGAUGCCUUCCAUCGACUACCACGUGUCCUUGGCACAGAACGCACUGCAGGUUUGCUUGACCCACACCGAGCUCCAGAACGAGGUUUACUGUCAAUUCAUCAAACAGACCAGCCACAGGCAGCCCCACAACUUCUCUCUCAUCCAGUGCUGGCAGCUUCUGGCCCUAUGCGUUGCUUUAUUUCUUCCCCAGCAUCACUUCUUGUGGUACCUCAAGCUUCACCUCCAGCGACACGCAGAUUCCAGGACCGAGAUCGGAAAGUACGCCAUUUACUGUCAGAGGUCAGUGGAGCGGACUCUGCGCAAUGGGGACCGCGAGGCCAAGCCGUCCCGCAUGGAGAUCAUGUCAAUCCUGCUGAGGAACCCCUACCACCAUUCCCUGCCGUUCAGCAUCCCCGUCCACUUCAUGAAUGGCACCUACCAGGUGGUGGGGUUUGAUGGUGCUACGACUGUCGACGAGUUCCUGCAAACUCUCAACCAGGAGAUGGGGAUGAGAAAACCUUCACACUCAGGAUUCGCACUCUUCACAGACGAUCCUUCUGGCAAGGAUCUGGAACAUUGUCUACAGGGCCACGUAAAGAUUUGUGACGUGAUCUCGAAGUGGGAGCAGGCCUUGAAAGAGGUGCACCUUGGGAAGUAUGAAGGCAACCGGAUUGUCCGUCUAAUCUACAAAAGCAGGAUGUAUUUUCGAGCUCAUGCGAAGGGAGAGACGGAGAGGGAGCGUCUCCUCCUCACAUACCAGAUAAACGAUGAGGUAGUGAACGGCCGCUUCCCGGUCAAUAAGGAGUUGGCCCUGGAGGUGACUGCGUUACUGGCACAGGUGGAAUAUGGAGACUUGGACCGUCCCAUCCCAGCCAGUCCUGGAGGAAGCUCACAGUCCAAAAUGCAACAGAUUCUGCAGCAGGUGUUGGACAGGUUCUACCCAAAGCGAUACAAGCAGGGCUGCAGCCCUGACCAGCUCAGGCGGCUGGCAGACAGACUGGCUACAAAGUGGAUGGUUCUGCGGGGCUGUAGCGGCUCCGAUUGUCUGCGCAUUUACCUGACCGUCGCCAGGAAAUGGCCUCUUUUUGGAGCGAAGCUAUUUACUGCAAAGCCUAUCGCUCCCGAAGAAGCUCCUGUGUGGCUGGCAGUAAAUGAAGAUGGUGUUAGCGUUCUGGAGUGCAGUACAAUGCGGCCGGUGAUGAACUAUCCCUACUCGUCAGUCCUGACGUUCGGAGGCUGUCGCGAUGACUUCAUGAUGGUCGUCAGCAAGGCCAAGGACGGGAACCCCGCAAAGACCACUGUCGAGAAACUGAUGUUCACAAUGGCAAAGCCCAAGAUUCUGGAACUAACGCUGAUACUAGCCAGUUACAUUAACUACAGCAACAGAUACCUGCUGCCUGCCUCACCCAACACCCUCGGCAGCCACGCACCACCACCAGCCUUCUCCGAACGAAAACUCUGGGAGAUCGAUAGCAAGCAUUUCCCAACCAUGACCCGAACUACUCAAGGGCCUACUUUGCUCUAGACAUCUUCCUCUGACUGGGCGUGUGAGGCUGGACUGCAGGAAGCUGCAUUUUAACUGAAGACAAACCAUUUGGGAGAUUCAACUGGUGCAAGAUUUAGAAAGAGCUUUAUCGGCUGCGUUCCUCUAGAUCAGACAUAAUUAAGCACUAGUUAGUCGUGUCCUUGACGAGAUGUUUCACAGACAACUUCAGCGUAUGAUUGGGAGUGGUGGCUGCCUCGUGACUACAUUGUAAACCACAAACGAACAGAACAGGCGGAAAAGGUGGCCUAUGUUCCCUUUAUUCUGCUCCUUUUUCUUGAUAUGAAACGCUGACGAGAGAUGACGUUCCAGUGACUCGUCUGAGGACCUGACCGUAACCACACUCACCACUGGUGAGUUUGAUUUUUCACAGCUCUAACGUACAACAGAGCAUCCCCAGGGUUGCUGCAUAAAGUGAGUCGACGGUGAUGGACAAUUCAUUAACUGCUGGGAGCUGAGGAUUCAAUUCAAAAGACUCUUGAGCGGUGAUGAAUACAGUGCCUGUUCAUGCCAUCACUGGAACACGAUCCAACCACACAAUGCAAUUGUCACAAUAGUUCCCCAGCUCACAAGCUAAUCUGAAUUUCUAUCUACAGACAACCCCAGAUUUUGGGAGGAGAUAGACCAAUAACCUCAGAUUUACCUGUGAAGCAGUUUCACACCAUCUAUAUGGUGUCACUCAAUACUUUUCGACAGUUGUGCAAAAAUCAAUUGAUGAAGGAAUUGAGUCAAUGAUGCCUUGAAUUCCCAAACGCUGUUGCAAUGUACAAUUACAACUGUAUAUGGAACUCAGUAAGCUUGUCAGUGUGACACCCCCUCCUCCUGGACGUGUGCCCUGAUGGUGUGAAUGCAGCUCUGUCUGAGACUGGAGCAAACCUGUAUUUCCUCCAUGUGACAAAGGGCUGAAUGCCCCUCACUUUGUGAAAUCUCUCAGAAUUUGACUGGCUAAAUCCAGUUAAGAUUAACCCCCAAACACUGUGCUUCAAUGAGGUCAGGCUGGCUGCUGGGGCUUGGUGUUGGCCAACAAGCUGCCCAUCACUUGACAAAGGCUCUGGUAAUAUCAUGCAGUAAAGAUUUUGGGGUCUGCCAAGGAAAUGACAACAGCCAUGUUACUGUGGAACUGGCUGACUGGGACUGUACAAUAUACUGAAGUGAAUGCUUUGGAAAACCAGUGUUGCGAUACAGGAGUUCUGACACUAAAGGGUACGAGUAGUGCAGUUCUGGGGCUGCUUUAAGCACUGACCUGAUCACCUACACCUUCAGAAUCCUUUUCAUUCCUUUAUGUUGUAAGAAUGUAAAAUUAACUUGUGAACCUCAGCUCUCAGUGACAGACCAUUAGUUGUGAUCGAGGAAAACUGACGUCAGUUUGUUGAAUAUACUUCCACCACCCAAUGCCAUUAAAGAGGGAAAAUAGUGACUAAAAUGCUAAUAUACUCCAUAGGUCAAAAUGUCCUGGAUGCUGGAAGAGAUAGUAAGAGUUUCUCUUCCUUUACCUUUGGGGAUUAGGUUUCAUCUUCUGAUAUCAGAAGGUGAAACUGUGGAAGGAGCAGGGUUUGAGGGGACAAAUGGCCUUUUCCCAUUCCUGCUUCCCCAUCGAUUACUGCUUCAAAGUGAAAGAACCUCAUCAAACAUUGUCAACAUCAACAAAAUAAUAUCAAUACUCCUGCUGCAAGCUGCUCAGUACUCAUAGGUAUGUGCUUCUCAUAUUCUACAGCCAGAGUCAUGAGGACCAGUUAUGUUUACAGUCAGUACCUAUUUGAGUUUUGUAUCAGAAACUAGGACAGGAAGAGACAAUAUCAGUUUUACUUGAACAACCAGCCAGCAAUAAUAACAAUGAGUUAACAGCCGUUGUACAAUGCAUCUAUCUACGUAAGUGCAAAAGUUGUGACUUCUUAGGGCUGCUCUAGGUGAUGCCUUGCCCAUUCUUGGUGGCUGCUUGGUGCCUUAAUGUUACCAUUAGUAUACAAGACUUUCGUCACUGUUCUACCCAUAGUCCCUCUUAGUUUAAGCAAAAUGAAUUGCGUCGAGAUGUAGAAAACAUUUGAGUUUCUUGCACCAUGCUGUCUGCUGCGGGCGGCUGUUCCCCUCGUGUGUGUGUGUGUGUGUGUGUAUAUGUUAUGUACUGUAUAGUAUCUAUUGAUUACUUGAAUGUUAGGGAGAAAUCCACUGUAAAUGGUAACGCCCAACGUACUGUACCUCUAUUUAUUCUGAUCUACUUGUUGAAAGCUGACACUGUUUUUCUCAGUUUAAUUUAAUGAUUCCCGGUAGUUUGGGAAGCCUGUGUUUCCAAUAUAAAAUGGCAAGACUGGAAUUUGUCAUCGCUGGUCCUGCGAUGUGGUUGAAAUAAUGUGGUAAUAAAAACAUACUUAUCCGGUA